CAGAGCAAACGGUGAAAACAGAGCGCGCGCGCGAGAGAGAGAUAGAGAGAGAGAGAGACUCGUUUAUGGGAGGCUAAGAAAAGAGAGGAACAGACACAUUUCCCACUCCCAUUUUGACAUCUUUAAUGUCCUUGCUAUUUCACGAAGACUAGUUGCUACGUCCAAUUAUACAUUACACACACACACACACACACACACACACACACACACACACACACACCAGGCUGUAGGAGAAGGAGAAGAGAGAGUGACUGGCAUGUGGGGAAAACACACACGCACCUACACACACAUGGAGCAGAAGAGAAACACGGACGCCGUCGCAUGACUUAUGGAAAGAGGGAAAGCGGUAACCGGGAGCGCGCGACAGCACACACACACAGACGCAAAUACCUAUACAUACACACACUCAUACCGACCGACAGAUGUGGCGGGAGCAGGAGGCACGCUCCAGCUGUUGGUGUGUGGUAGACUGAUUCCUCUAGAGUGAGGUGGUGGGGUGCUCAUGGCUGCCCUAUGGGGCCUGGGCUGGCUGGGUGUGAGCCUCACCCUGUUGGCCCUCGCCCCAGUGUGCCAGAGCUGCCCGCCACGCUGUGAAUGUGCGGCUCAGCUCCGCUCCGUGUCCUGCCAGCGAAAGCGUCUGUCGGGUGUACCUGAGGGCAUCCCCACAGAGACCCGGCUGCUGGACCUCAGUCGGAACCGGCUACGCUGGGUGUCACCAGGAGACCUGGCACCAUAUCCACGGCUGGAAGAAGUGGACCUCAGCGAGAACUUAAUCUCCACACUGGAGCCCAAUGCCUUUGCCAGUCUGCAGGCACUGCGAACACUACAUCUUCGUGGAAACCAGCUGAAACUGGUGCCUAUGGGCGCCUUUGCUCGCCUGUCGAACCUCACAACCCUGGACCUGAGUGAAAACAAGAUUGUCAUCCUGUUGGAUUAUACUUUUCAGGACCUGCACAGUCUCAAACACCUUGAGGUUGGUGACAAUGACUUGGUCUACAUCUCCCAUAAAGCUUUCUCAGGAUUGCUGGGUCUGGAAGACUUAACCAUAGAAAGAUGCAACCUGACUUCAAUUUCUGGCCAAACUCUAUCCUACCUACGCAACCUGGUCACCCUUAGAUUACGCCACCUCAGCAUCUCUACCAUUGAAGACCAAAACUUCCGCAAGAUGUCUGCUUUGCGAGGGCUAGAGAUAGACAAUUGGCCUUACUUGGAAUACAUCUCCCCUCUUAGUUUCCAGGGUCUAAACUUGACCUGGCUGUCCAUUACUAACACCAACAUUACUGCAGUCCCUUCUGCUUCUUUCCGCAACCUUGUUUACCUGACAUCCCUUAAUCUCUCCUACAACCCCAUAUCUGUGCUGGAACCCUGGGCAUUCAAGGAUCUUAUAAGGCUGAAAGAGCUACACAUGGUCAGCACUAACCUACAAGCUGUAGAGCCUCAUGCUCUGGGUGGUCUGAGGCAGAUUCGGGUGCUCAACCUCUCCAACAAUGAACUGGUCACACUGGAAGACAGCUCCUUUCAUUCCGUCAACAGCCUUGAAACGCUACGAGUAGACGGGAAUCCACUUGCUUGUGACUGCCGGCUUCUCUGGAUUCUGCAACGCAGACGCACUCUGAACUUUGAUGGGAAAAUGCCAAUAUGUGCUGCUCCACCUGAGGUACAGGGUAAUAUCCUGAGCAGCUUUCCGGAUUCUGCAUUAUUUGACUACUUCACUUGCCAGAAGCCGAAGAUUCGCAACCGGAAGCUUCAACAGGUGACAGCGCGAGAGGGUCAGUUGGUGUCCUUCCUGUGUCGUGCUGAUGGUGAACCUCCGCCUGCCAUCAUCUGGAUCUCACCACAGCGGCGAAAGAUCACCUCGAAAAGCAGCAGCAGGAUCACCGUCUUACCAAGUGGAACGUUGGAGAUCCGAUAUGCCCAGGUGACUGACAGUGGCACAUACAUCUGCAUCGCCAGCAAUGCGGGUGGCAACGACACCUACUUUGCCACACUGACGGUGAAAGGACAACCGGUGGACCCCGCUAUGUUCGCCAACCGUUCUCUGUAUGCGGUGGACUUUAAUGACACUGGUCUGAACAGCACACGUGUCUUCCUUAAGUUCACACUUGACCUCACCACAAUCCUGGUGUCUACAGCCAUGGGCUGCAUCACCUUCCUGGGUGUAGUACUCUUCUGUUUCCUGCUGUUGUUCGUGUGGAGCCGCGGAAGGGGUCAACGCAGGAACAACUUCACAGUAGAGUACUCAUUCAGGAAGACCGAGGGGCCCACUACCAGUUCGACCUCUGGAGGGACCCGCAAGUUCAACAUGAAAAUGAUAUGAAACAACGCAGCCAGGGGCCCCCUGGGGGAGGCAUAAACACCCAACAUAAACACACAGCUCUGACUCGCAGUAAUAUCAGAAGAAGUUUUAGGGACUAAUGUGAUUAAACUUACCUUGAUCUCACUGCCUUUGGAAAAGGUGUUAAUAUUUCAAUUAAGUCACUUGGAUUUGAUACGCUAAUAAGUUUCCUUUAGCUAAACCUUAUUUGCUUGGAUGGUUGGUUGCCAUUGUUACAACAUAUUAUUACCAUUGCUAAUGAUUUUGUAAUGCCAAAUCUAAACAGCACCUUAGAGAUAUAUGAUCACCAACCAAUGUUAUGGUAAAAAUCCUUUAAUGAAUUUAAUAUACAGUGUAGUGGUUCUAACAAAAUGACCUGCAAAUUGAAAUGCUAAUUUAGAAAAUAGUGAAUGCACAAAUAGCAGUUGUCGUGUAUUUAAAUUAAACAACCGUAAUGCUAUAGUUGAAAAAGCAACUGGCCAAUCAAAUGGCUAAAGCCAUUGAACCAUGAGUUUCUGAACUACAAGCUUGGCUUUCUGUCAUGUCUGCGAUUAGGUGCUGUGUAAGUUGGGACAAGCACACUGGCCGCAACACUGUGAGUGCACUGCUGCUACUGCCAUACUGGUAUUCAGUUAGCAGCAUUGUACUGUAGUGGAUAUAAGCUAACGUGCAGCCAGGACCUCAGGGUCUGAUUUGGACUUGGGUACUGGUUGCACUAUUAGUGGAUCUAUAGUGCUUAUACCAGGCUAGUGGAGGACCGAUAUAGGGGAUUUUCUCAUAUCCUCUCCACCGCCGGGCAUAGGCACACACCGCGACCCAUAAGCCUUCAUGGGGGGAGGCUGCGGGCGUCAGGUCCGUUUGAUGUCAGACACUUGCUGUAUGUACAUGUCUACAAAUGUACUCUUAAGCCAUUACCAAGCAACACCUGCACAAUACAGUUAUAGCUUUAUUUGUUUACAAUGCAUAGUACUAUGCAGGGAAGAUGUGAGACAUACACAAGCUUUCUUCAGCACACUUGAGUUUUCUUGUGUUUGCAUUUCAGGGAAUGGUAAAAUAAUAUGACCAGAGCUUGUUUUAUUUUUCUAUUACGCUACUGUAUAGACCUUUUGGUUUUAGGUAAAUGUCAUUAAUUAGUGAAUAUGUUAAUGGAGAAGAAUGUUGUGUUCAUGGUUAUUGCCGUAGCUUUACCAUACACAAUAUGAUUUAAUUAUGCUAAUUACUGCUUGGUUUUAUUUGACAUGCACUGGCAGUAAUAGCAUCAAGUGCAAUAACAGAGAAAAUCUGCUUUGCUUUUGAGACUUUUUAUUGGAUGAAUAAUGUAACAUAGGCAUGACUCUUUUCAUGGAACUGAAGCAGUUCUUUUUAAAGUUGGCAUAUUGAAAAAACUAAAAAAUAACUAAUCAUAUGCAGACAUAAACAUGCUAUAUUGUCGUUUAAUGUCAUGUAUUGAUGGUGUUGAGAAGUUUCAGAUCAUUUUAUAUACCAUCAUGACAUUAGAAACACAUGUAACACACACAUACGUUUAUAAGAAAGGGUGAUUGGUGAUGCUGUGAUCAUAAUCAUCAUCAUCACCAUCAUCCUUCUCUUUUUCUGACUCAUUUCUUGGCGGCCAGUGUGUGAAAGUCUCUGCUUCUCCUGCCCAGUCUUCAACCCCCCAUUAAUCCCCGUUCCCAUACCCCGACUGGGUCUUAAUGAGAGAGGGGUCCCUGGCUGGAGACCAUGGAUGUAAAUGAUAAUCAUGACACCCAUCUAACCCAUGUGUAUUUGACUGUAGAAGGUAUUUCCUUAAUGUAUUUAGUUCAUAUGUGUUUUGUACUUAUUCAUUUUAUUAUUGUUUUGUUUUUUUUAAUUGCUGGUUGUUCUAGAGAUGUUGAUGUUAAUGAUCUGAAGGAUGAUCUGUUCUCAAUACUACGCUGUUUGAUUUGGAGCUUUUAUAAGGUAAGGGGGGAAAAUAUGAUAUAAAAUCAAGCAUCAAGCUCCAGGGUCCCUGGUUCAAUCGUGAGCUCGGGUUGCUGUCUCCGUGGAGAUUUUCAUGUUCUCCGCAUCUCCGUGUGUUUCCUCCAGGCUUCUCUGAUUUCCUCAUGCUUCCCAAAAAAACAGAAGCUUGUAUGGUAGGUGGAUUGGCUAUACUACAUUGCCCCUAGGGGGGUGUGUGUGUGCAUGGUGAGCUGCAAUGGACUGGUGUCCACAUCCAGGGAUUAUUCCCGUGUUAAUCAGGAUCCACCAGAAUAAAGUACUGAAUAUGAAUGAAUGAAAGUCUUUCAAUGCUGAACUGUAAUCCACUAAACAAGGCAAUUUCUUUCUACCGAACGUCAACAACAGUUUAAAAUGAUGACAGUCUUUAUUUAAAAUGUGGUGUUGAGAACAGAUUAACAAACCAAAGAGCCAUGAGUAGAAUGCUUAUUCUAGGUAAAGUUCUCACUCUUUCGCCACCCCACCCCUCGUCCCUAUUUUGCUCAUCUGAAACCUAGCUAAAUGUUCUCGGACCUCACCGACAUCAUCAGCAGUGCAGUAGGAUGGAUUGUGUUCGUCAUCAGUACAGUCGAUGUUGUCCUUGUGGCCUGUGACUCGAUGUUGUUCGUUCGGUUGAUCGAUCAGAUUUGUUUCCUAGUUUAUUAGCUUUUCGUUAGCGUUAGCUCCUAGUCGUGCAGUCAGUCACUGUGUUUAGGUGUGGUGUGGUGGUGGAUGGUGGAGAAAGGAGGCUCAGCCGGGGAUGUGACUCCACGUCCUCCCGGCGUCACUUGACCCCUUUAUAUCCCAACCCAGUUUUCCUCUUUACGACACCAGCGGUGUCCAUGGACUUGCGUAGCAGCUGGAACACUCUGCAUCUGUCAUGAAUACAUUGAUUUACUGUUUACACUUCAGAAUACAGAACAGGGUGUGAAAUGCAGACAGAUUGGGCGUGAAUGGGAUCCGAAAGUGGAACGUGUAGCAUGGAAGUGUUUCUUAGUAAAUUGAACAGAACUGAAGAAAAGGUGAGAUAUUCUUAGCAUGCUGCAGUCGUUCUUCUGAAGUGAUAAAUAAACGUGAUUAUAUUUGGUAUUUUCAUUUUUCUAGCUCUAAUAUCAUGUGGCCAGGACGGAAUUUGUUCAGUAUCUACAAAGCGUUUGGUCUGUUUAAAAAUGUAGACUCUUAGGGCAGGAGAAAAGCGUGACAUUUCCGAUGGAGCAGUAUCUUCCUGGCAGUGUUUGAAAUCUCAACAAAUACAUUCAGUGGAGCUGCUCCACUUCUGUCACUGUCUCUGUUCUGCCCCCCUGCUGAGUACAUCAGCUGUAUAGAUGAUAGGCAGACAGAUAUACUCAUUUUACUCUCUGUCUCUCUGUCUCUGAGGACUGAAGACCUGCCUCCCAGACACACACAAUUUGCAGCAAUAUCAUAAGAAAUGGAUGGAGAAGCUUAAAAGGUUUCAUCACUUGGGUGGAAAUCAAAGGAAAGUUGCUUAAGAAGAGUAGUGUUUAAAUUAAAUGGAAAUAAUUAGUUAUAUUAUAUAACUGGUAAGGAAUACUCUUCUUAAGUAUAACCUACUUUUUAGUCGUGCAUUUUAUUCAUUUUCUACAUAAGCUUACACACGAAAUGCCCAACUUUGGCCCAUAGGAGUGCAGAGUCAAUACUUAUUAGUCGAUAAUUAUUAAACCAGAUUGAGCAGCUGUAGAUACAGUUGUACUAAAUAUCAUCUCAUGUUAUGGAUUUGAAGUAGGUACCAGACAUUUUCCUCAUGCUGACAGUUGCAUCUCGUUUGCGCAAUGAGUUGAAUAAUAUUGCUUUAUUUUUUCCUCUCUGAGCUUCAGAAAGUAGGUCUAAUGCUCCCUCGCCCCCUCAGCAGUCUGCUCUUAUCUGAACUUUCCUUCCUGAUUACACAGGCAACAGGAGACCCCUGGUUUUCAGGGGGACUUCAUGUCCCUUUUUGCCCAUGUAAAGAAAGAUGCAUGUCUAGCUAAUGCAGUGACUUCAUCACAAUAUCAUGAUGAAGGCUAAUAACAUCACAAAAAAAAAAAAAAAAAAACAUGUAGGCCUUUUUUUUUUUACUGGAAACAAGGAUGAAAUUUUCAAUUAUUUACUGAAACAAACCUAUUUUUGGUGAGACAAUGCUAAUUUUACAGUGAUGUUUUGACGAAUGCUAAUAGGCUAAACUUCUAUUCAUCUUUUUUUGUUGUUCUUGUUGCUUUUUUUCUGCAGUAUGUGUCUGGGUGGUGGAUGUUGUUGAGGCUGACAAGUAAUCAGCUCAUAAAAGGCUGCGUCCCAAACCGUAUACGAACAAAAACUAAAUGCUAGUUUUGCGACAACUACAACACUAACCGUGGUUUUGGCUACUGUUUUGGCUAGUUUGUUAUUUAACAAUGUACUUUGCGGAUAAGACGUAGGUACAAAGGUACAGACCAUACAAAUUUGUCACAGGGUUAUAAGAUAUUUAAAAUGCGACUCUGCUGCCAUCUUCUGGCGACUACAUGUAAUAGCAUGAAUUAUAUUUUCCCCUAUUAUACUGUAUAUGUGAAUUUACAUAAAGCUUAUUACCUGCCAUAUAUGCUCUAGACUAUUUUACACAGAGCAAAUUGUGACUGUUAGCUUAAAAAAAUAUAAUAAUAAUAAUAAUCAUGGUAUAUUUACGUUUAGUAGAAGGUUUAAAUCAUUUGGGUUGAAUUUUAUGGAACUGUAACAAAAGCUUAACUUUAGGAACAUCUUUUAUUCUUUUUUUUGUUGUUGUUCUUUUCAGACAAUAAAAAAAGUUGUAAUAUCUAUUCAUAACUGUGAAAGACCGACUGGAAUUAGAAUAGGCCAUACGAUCGAUAUUUCAAGUGCCAUGCUUUUCCGUGACACACUUAUUGUUAAUGAUUUGUAUCUAUGACCAAUAAAUCUUGUUAAGAGAUUAAGAAUUAUACAAUAUUCUCUCUUGUGAACUAGCAGAUCUAUGUGAUCUAUGCAUGCCUCUCCUUAAAAAUUUGCCAAACACACUUGUUCUUAUGUAAAUCUCUUUUCAUGUCUUUAAAGCAUACUGCGGGGUUGGAUGAAAAAAAAAAAACAUUAUCCAGGAUUAUUAAUCCUUAUGAAUAAGAGCCAUACAUGUAUGCACGGUUACCUGCUGGUGUGAUGUGCUUUAAUUAAAAAAAAGUACUCAGAACUAGGCCUAUUAUUUGUCUAUGUCUUUUCUAUUCCAGGGACCAACGUGUUUGCAGUUAGUUUCAUUUUUUUUCUUAAAAUGUCUUGCUUUAUACUAUGUUUUGACCCUGACACACAUCCAGUGGAGACUGGAGGUUUAUAAUAUCUUGCUUUCUGGUCUCUGAUUUCUUUCACUCAGUCCUGUUUAAAAAAAAAAAAAAAAAAAGAGCCACACACACACAGUGCCACAGAGAGCUUAAAACACGAAGGGCAGAAUGUCAGAUAAUGUAUCAUGUGAUAGAUCAUUUAAUUUUCUAUAUUUUUUUAUUGAAAUGUGUUAUGUCAGUGCUAUAUGUACAGUAAAGAGAGAGACAUGUGCAUAUGUUAUAUAUAGAUGUCAUUCGUGUGUGUGUGUGUGUGUGUGUGUGUGUGUGUGUGUGUGUGUGUGUGUGUUUGAGCUUUUGGUCAGAUCAUGGUUUUAUUUGUACAACUACUUCAUCCAACCCCACAGCAGCUCAGUCCAGUCUCAGAAUAAUGUGUUUUCUAAGCUUGUUUUUUACUGUUUGUCUUACAAAGAAAAAAAAGCACAUUGCAUUCAUAAAAGCAUGCUGUACACCGUG